AUCCCCCUUUUCCCCGUAGGAUUCGGCCCAAAACGCCGUUUGCCCCGUAGGGCCCGGCCCGGCCCCAGCCCGUCCUGGGCACCAUCUUUCCGUCUAGAGUUCCCGUUGUGUCCUUGUUAGCCCUCGUCUCCCUCAGGCUAUGGCAGCAUUCCCAUCUCCUCGCAGGUCCCCGCUAUCACACCCGCGUUGGGCCCACAGCGGCCGCUCCGCUGCCCUCAGCGCUCUCGCCUCAGCCGUGAGUGACCAGCAGCUGGAUUGUGCCUUGGAUUUGAUGAGGCGUCUGCCUCCACAGCAGAUAGAGAAGAAUCUCAGUGACCUCAUUGACUUGGUCCCGAGCCUGUGUGAAGAUCUCCUCUCCUCUGUGGAUCAGCCCUUGAAGAUUGCACGAGACAAGGUGGUAGGAAAAGACUAUUUACUGUGUGACUACAACAGAGAUGGGGACUCGUACAGGUCUCCAUGGAGCAACAAAUACGACCCUCCCCUGGAGGAUGGUGCCAUGCCAUCGGCUCGCCUGCGCAAGCUGGAGGUGGAAGCCAACAAUGCCUUUGACCAGUACAGAGACUUGUAUUUUGAAGGUGGAGUCUCCUCUGUCUACCUCUGGGAUCUGGAUCAUGGUUUUGCCGGAGUGAUCCUCAUUAAGAAAGCUGGAGAUGGAUCAAAGAAGAUUAAGGGAUGCUGGGAUUCUAUCCAUGUGGUGGAGGUUCAGGAGAAAUCCAGUGGCCGUACUGCUCAUUACAAGCUGACCUCCACAGUGAUGCUGUGGCUGCAGACUAAUAAAACUGGUUCUGGUACCAUGAACCUGGGAGGGAGCCUUACCAGACAGAUGGAGAAGGAUGAGACUGUGAGUGACUCCUCGCCCCACAUAGCCAACAUCGGGCGCUUGGUAGAGGACAUGGAAAACAAAAUCAGAAGUACACUGAAUGAGAUUUAUUUUGGAAAAACAAAGGACAUCGUUAAUGGGCUGAGAUCUAUCGAUGCUAUUCCUGACAACCAAAAGUAUAAGCAGUUGCAGAGGGAACUUUCUCAAGUGUUGACCCAGCGCCAGAUCUACAUCCAGCCUGAUAACUAAACCAAUCCAGGUACCCCUCGCUGCCUGUGAGGUGUGAGAGCAGCACUAAACCAGGACUCACCCAGCCCAGCCCUGCAUGGUAACGGGACAGAACUAACCCCUAAUCCCGCAGACUGAGCGGCGACGUCGGCCGGGUUCCACCCACGGGUUGUUUCCUAAUAUGGGCAACUAAACACUGGGAUUUCCAUUUCAAAUGUCAGGUCCCCCCAUCUGAAGCCUUGCGCUCGGAAUUGUGGCAGGAUUUACCACUUUGCACUCUGGCUUGGGAGCAGGAAAGUAGCACGUGGUACCUGGAGCAGUGUUGGAUUGGGCUGAUUUGAUCCAGAAGCCUUGGGACUCUGUCCCUUGGGCACCAGCAGUUUUUUACAGCUCCGUACACCACUUCCAGGAUGGAACUCCCUGUAAUCUUAAUGUCCUCCCUGCAGAAUGAAAUCUUGGGAGUCUCACAGUUUGGGAAAAAACCCAACUGGUACUUCCCAUGAGUUCAGAGCUCACAUGCACAUCCCCUGUUUGCCUGGUGGAUCUUGAAUUUCCUUGGAGCUUGAAACCCAGUCCUGCUCAAGCUCACUCAAACAUUCCCAGCCUCCACUUGCUUGUGCUCUGCACGGCCUCCGAAGGGGUUUGUUCCUCUGCUCUCCUUUGCUCUGGAGCUCUGAGUGUCGAGGAUGCACAGCAGUGACUAACCCUGGGCCACCUUAACCCCCCACUCCACCUCUAAUGAAUUACAGAUGUUGUUUUAAACCCAUUAAGCUGACGAAGGGGAAAACUCACUAUUUGUUGAUAAUGGCCAAGAACCACUUCUUCAGCCUGUGACAAAUGCAAAUAUCAAAUGUAUGUGUUUUUAUUAAAGCAGCAGAAGUCUCCAGAGACAAGAGAAUGGAAAUACUGUUAUAAAAAUGGUAGGAAAAUAUCCACCAUAAAGAGCAGUCUUGUUUACAGGAGACAGCAUCCAGGGAAAAUAAGGCUUUGAAUCAUAUAAUCCCAGGCUGGUUUGGAUUGAAAGGGCCCUUAAAGCUCAUCCAGUUCCAUCCCCCUGCCAUGGGCAGGGACACUUUCCGCUAUCCCAGGUACUGAGUACUGAAAAGGCUGUGAAAUAUGGUUUGGGUGAGGAAAUAUCUUACCAAACUGGAUUCUUACCACUUCUCCAUGGUAGCAACUCUGGAAAAGUCUGGUCUUAUCGUUCUUAUCAUGAUCACAUUUAAGAGGGUCUUUUUUAAAAGUGGGAAAAUUCUUGUUGUCCCAUUGGAAUCAGUGGUUCCCCUACAGCCAUCUCACAGGGCACUGAUCCGAGGGACUCCUGGAAGAUGGAGCUUUUCCUCUGUACUUCUAUCCAAAGGGAACCUCUGCAAUAAUCCUGUGACAGUAUCUCUGUUCUUCUUCAGCUGCUUUGAUCACUCAUUACUUAGAGAAGGUACAAAAGAAGGCAAAUUUGAGCCCAGAACCUCUGGCUGCUUUUCCCACCAGUGCAAACACCGAGGGGAGUUUUGAGGCGGCCGCUCGACCCUGGGUGAACAGUCUGCAGGAUGGGCAGGGACUCCCCCUGCCUUUCCCUUCUCCUCGGGUGGAGGCUGGAUUUUCUCUGGACUUUUGGAGAGCAAGAGCACUAACCCCCUUUGCUGGUGGGAUGCUGGGGUUCUUCUGUAACAUAAAAUGUUGGAAAUCUCCCUCCAGCAGCUGGAGCUGCCGGGGAAGCCUUUGGUGCCAUCCUUGCUGGAGUGAGUUUUGCUUUAAUGUCCUCACCCAGGUGUUCAUUGUCUUCUGCUUCCUGUGGUCCAACAGGCAGAGCUGAGUGUUCCCUCUGGGCCUGGGCUGAGGUGCUUCUCCUCCCUCUUGCCUCCAUGCCUGGACUGUCCCCAACCCCUCCCCUCCAUUCAGCGCCUCUGACACGCCUUUCCUUCUUCC